UAAGAAGAAUGUGAAUCAGCUGACUUAUUAAUCAUGCUUAUUUAUUUGCUAAAGUCACGUGUGACCUCAUAAUGAGGAUUUCUGCUGUUAUUGGGGUCGAAGUCACGUGACUGAGGGACGAGUUAACAGCUGUUCCACUAAAAUUAACCCUUCACUUGAUUGGCUGGAGAACACACACAACCAUGUACGGUGUGUGUGUGUGUGUGUGUGUGUGUGUUUCAUUGACAGCAGAAGAGCAGCAGCAGCAGAUGGCGGUGUCCCAGAUCACGCCCACCCUGUUCCUGGGCGGGGCCGACGCCCCCCUGAACGCGGCUCUGAUGUCACAGAAAGGCAUCACGCUGAUCGUCAACGCCACGCUGAGCCAUGCCUGUCCCGCCUACCCGGGGGUGGAAUGUGUCCGGGUCCCGGUGUCUGACCUGCCCAGCGCCCGCCUCGGCGACCACUUCGACCGCGUUGCCGAGCGCAUCCACGGGAACCGAGCCGGCAGCACGCUGGUGCACUGCGCCGCCGGCAUGAGCCGCUCCCCGGCGCUGAUCAUGGCCUACCUGAUGCGCUUCAGGGGCGUGACGCUGCGGCAGGCGCACCACUGGGUGCAGGACCGCCGGCCCGCCGUCCGCCUCAACGCCGGCUUCUGGGAGCAGCUGCUGCUGUACGAGAGGAGGCUGUAUGGGAAGAACACCGUCAGGGUGGAGGAGGAGCCGCCCCACAAGCAGCCACCCAGGACGCCACGGAGCUCCAUGGUCCAGAGCAGCCGGCUGACAGCGGUACCACGGUCCCCUCUAAUGUCACAGUCCCCUCUGAUGUCACGCUCUCAGCUGCUGACAUCAGAAAACAGAAGACAAUCCAAAUCCAGCCACAUCACAGUCUGAGGAACUGCUGCUGGUUCUGAGCAGAGACUCAGUUCUGGUUGUUUGUCUCAGUUUGUGGGUCCAAGUUUGAUAAAUGCCGACUAAAAUCUGAUGUUCCUUUUUGUGUUCUUAGAAAAGGUUCCGUUGAACAGCAGAGUUCUGCUCAGAAUCAGAACCACAGACGAACCAGACCAACAGAACACUGAGGCAGGAUUUAAAUUCCAUCCUGGAUUUAAAAGAUGAACCUCCUUAUAGAACAGAUCUCCAGGUGGUUCCUUAUAGAACAGAUCUCCAGGGAACCAGCUGGUCCAGUCAGUCUGUUUUUCUUGUAAAUGUUCCACCUCCUGAGAACGUGGGUUUUGUGUGAAUCUGAGAGGUCUGUUCUUGUUUCCUGUUCUAAUGAGCGGCGCCCCCUACUGACCACACUCAGAGAACACACUCAGAGAACACUACAUUAUUAUUAUUAUUAUUAUUAUUUAUUAUUAUUAUUAUUAUUAUUAUUAUUAUUAUUAUUAUUGUUGUUGUUGUUGUUGUUGUUGUUGUUAUUAUUAUUAUUAUUAUUAUUAUUAUUAUUAUUAUUAUUAUUAUUAUUAUGGGAUUAUUAUCUUUUUUCUAGAGGAUAGAGGAGGGGGACAGGAAAUGUGGGGAGAACAGUGAGGGACAGACCUGCAGUAAAAGGCUGUGGAUCAGGCUAGAACCCAGUAGAACCAAAAUAAUACAAUAAUUAAAAUAAUGAUUUUACUUUAAA